GAGGAGCAGUUCUACUCGGAGCAGCACUCGUCCCUGAUUAACGAGGCGUACCAGACCCUCCUGCAGCCCCUGAGCCGCGGCCUCUACCUGCUGGAGCUGAAUGGAGUAGAGCCAGUUCAAGAGACAGACUCUGAGGCAGACUCAGUGUUUCUCACGGAAAUCAUGGAAAUUAAUGAGAAAUUAGCAGAGCCUAAAAAUGACUAUAUCCUUGAAGAAAUUGAAACUUUAAUUAAAGUUAAACAAGAAGAACUGACCAAAGAGGUGACUGCAGCUUUUGAAAGAGAUGAUCUUCAAGAAGCUAAGAAGCUACUAGCUAAAAUGAAAUAUUUCGCAAACUUAGAGGAUAAACUAAAGGACAAGAAAAUCCCUUCCUGA